ACACAUUAUCCAGAAGAAGAAGAAGAGGAGGAGGAGGAAGAAGAUGAUUGGAUUUUCGAAAGCAGAGAAGAGCAGAGUCAAAAUCAAAUCCUAAACUCCAGAAUGAUAAGAAGCCAUGUAAGAGGUCCAUUUCCACAAAUUCCACCACCCCUACGACAUCCAAAUUCGAACAUCGCCGUCCUCCGAUUCACCGCCCCGCUCGCCCUAACCAGAGCCACUUGCCGGAUCGCAACCACUGCGGCGGCGAUUCUAGCAGCUGCAGCCCUGAUUUCUUCGCCGGCACCGUCUGCAGCAACCGAAAGCAGCACCAGCAUAUCGGAACAACAAGAAGAAAGUACUACGCUAUCAAACAUUCCGCAGACGCUUUCCGGCGAGUGCGAGCAGCCGAGCGACUGCAAGAAGGCGAGAAUUCAACGGCCGAAGUCGAGGAAGGCGGAAUCGUGCACGAUCAAGUGCGUCGGAACUUGCAUUCGAGGCGGCGAUGGAUCUCCCGGAGAAGGUCCUUUGAAUAUCAGGAGACCGAUAAUUGUUUUCAAGCAAGGGUUUCGAAGUCGUCAAUACUGUUUGGUGGAAUGUUCAGAUAUUUGCAAUUUGAUCGGCGAUGGUGAUGAUGGACCUUGAGAAACACUUUUUUUUUUUUGGUUGUUUUAACAUUUCAUUUCUGCUAUUUAAUUACUUUCAUUACAACUUUAAAUUCGUUUAUUUCAUUCAUAAAAUAAGUUUUUAAUUGAAUUUUUUUUAAUGAAUAGCUCCUUUCUUCUAAAA